AGUCUCUGUCACCCAGGCUGGAGUAUAGUGGCACGAUCUCGGCUCACUGCAGCCUCCGCCUCCCGAAUUCAAGCCAUUCUCCUGCCUCAGCCUCCCGAACAGCUGGGAUUUCAGGCACGUGCCACCACGCCUGGCUAAUUUUUGUAUUUUUAGUAGAGAUGGGGGGGCCGGGGGGGGGUCUCACCAUGUUGGCCAGGCUAGUCUCGAACUCCUGACCUUCAAUGAUCCGCCCACUUCGGCCUCUCAAAGUGCUGGGAUCACAGGCGUGAGACACUGCGCCCAGCCCCUUCCCUUUUUUGAUUCCCACUUUUACAAGGCUGUAAGCUUCACGAAGGACAGAAACCUCAUCCAUCUAGUCAACUGUGAUUUCCCCAGCACUGUGGCUCCGGCCUGGCACAUGGUAGGUGCUCGGUGAAUACUGGUUUGAACAGAGGACAGCGGCAGACGGCAAGGGCCACUCCUGUGCCAGGGCCUGCCACGCCACCGCGGCUUGUGCGGUGGGGGUGGGGAGGAUUGGACAGUCUGGCUGUGCGCCCUCUUCUCCUUUUCAACGUCCCAGUAUAACUUCAAGGGAGCGCAACUUCAGAGCCUCCUUGGACGAAGCCACCGCCCCGGAAUCAGGGCCUUCCCAGUUCUGCCUUCUGGGAGGGAGGAUGGGGGUGGGCCGCGGGAGGCCAGUUCCAAGUGCGUCCUGAAAUCCCUCCCGCCGCCCCGCGUCGCUUUAAGGCGGAGGCCCGGGAGGGGGCCGACCCGGCUCGCCAGCUCCACGCUCGGCUCCAGACUCCGGCAUUUCCUCCCCGCUAGCUGGCGCGGCCUCGCCUCCCCCUCGGAAGAGGAAACUCCCGGGGUCCGAGUAACAGGGUCAGGCGCGGAGCGGAGCGGCGGGAGAGCCGGGAGGGCCGCCCAGGGUAGGAGGCGAGCCAGGCAGGGCCAGAAGCUGGCCGACGGCGGCGCGCGGGGGCGCCGGGCGGGGAGGGCCGCUGGGCCGGACUCAGCGCGCAGCCGGAGCAGGGCGCGGCCCGGGGCCCGAGAGCGCAGGGCGGGCCGCAGCUGGAAGGAACACUUGAGCUGGGAGAGGAGGCCGAGCUGGAGGGCGGCUUCCCUCGGGCCUGCGAUCGGGAAGCGGCCGCGGAGGAGGAGACGGGGACAGCGGGGCUGCCCGGGCGCUGUGCGCAUGCUGGGCUGGGGUCGCCGCCGGGGCUUGCCCCCUGGGCUGCUCGGCCACCGCCGCCCCGGGCGCCCGGCAUGUCGGUGCACUACACCCUCAAUCUACGCGUCUUCUGGCCCCUGGUGACCGGCCUGUGCACCGCCGUGGUGUGCCUCUACCAUGUCCUGCGGGGAAGCGGGGGCGCCCGGGCCGAGCCCGCCGACGGCGUGGACGGCGGCUUCCCGCUGCUCAAAGUGGCCGUCCUGCUCCUCCUCAGCUACGUCCUCCUGCGCUGUCGCCACGCUGUCCGGCAGCGCUUUCUGCCCGGGUCUCCCCGUCUGGAGGGUCACGCCGCCUUCUCCUCGAGACACUUCCGAGAGCCGGGCCUCAGCAUCCUGCUGGAGAGUUACUACGAGCACGAGGUGCGCCUGUCUCCGCACGUGUUGGGCCACAGCAAGGCGCACGUGAGCCGGAUCGUGGGCGAGCUGGUGCGGGCUGGCCGCGCCCGGGGGUCCCCCGGUCUCAUUCCUGGCGGGGCGCUGGCCUUGGCCUUCCGCGGGGACUUCAUCCAGGUGGGCAGCGCCUACGAGCAACAUAAAAUCCGCCGGCCCGACAGCUUCGACGUGCUGGUGCCACUGCGCCUCCCGCCGCUUGUGGCGCUGGAGCCACGGAGCCUGGGCGAGGAGCCAGCGCUGGCCCCGGCCUUCCGCGGCUGCUUCUUGUGCGCCCUCAAGGCACCACCCUCACCAUCGGGGGCCUCGGGGGGCCACUGGCUUCGGGACUGCAAACCCUUUGCUGAUGCCUUCUGCGUGGAUGUGCGCGGGCGGCGUCACCUCUCUGCUACUCUGGUGCUGCGCUGGUUCCAGUCGCAUCUGCAGCGCUCCUUGGCCACUGUGCGUUACAGCCUGGAGGGGCGCUGUCGGGUCACCUUGACCCCAGGUGGCCUGGAACAGCCCCCCACCUUACACAUCUUGCCCUGCCGCACUGACUACGGCUGCUGCCGCCUUUCCAUGGCUGUGCGUCUCAUCCCCGCUGUCCAUCUGGGAGAUGGGGUCUUCCUUGUGGCGCCACCACCGCCACCCUUGCCCAGCGCGCCCCUGUUGGAGCUCCCUGAGGGCCUGCGUGCUGAGGCACUGUGGGGUGUGAACACAGCACGCCAGGAGCAGAAGCUGCUGAGUUGGCUGCAGGAACGGGCAGCUCCAGGUGCCUGCUACCUCAAGUGCCUGCAGUUGCUUAAGGCUCUGCGCGAUCUGGGCGCCCGUGGGCUGGACUCAGCGGCUGCCACCCAGUGGGGACGCAUCCUAUCCUCAUAUGUGCUCAAGACAGUGCUGCUGGCAGUGCUGCUGCGCAAGGGGGCCCCUGGGCAAGGCUGGGACGAGGAGCACCUGGGAAAGUGUUUGGAGGAGUUGGUGCAGUUCCUUAGGGACUGCCUGCUGCGACGCCAUACGCUCUUCCACUGCGUUCUGGGCCCCGGUGGGGCGGCUGCAGAGGUGGGUCCCCUGCCCAAGGCACUGAGGGAAGCCGCCCCAGUUGACCUCCUGGCCGCUUUCGACGGGCACGCCCGGGAACUUGCAGCAGCGCGGUUGCUGUCCACGUGGCAAAGGCUGCCCCAGCUUCUCCGGGCCUACGGGGGUCCCCGCUACCUUGCCAGGUGCCCCCCACCCCGGAGUCUGCGCACCCAGGGCUUCCUUGAAGGUGAACCGUAAGCCCUAACAGCACCCCCACCUGACCAAAUGCUCCUAAAGCCUUUCCCACUGGGUGGGGGGUGGGAAUGGCGGUGAAGCCAGUUAAAUGCAAGAUUGCAGAAGGCAUUGGAAAAUUUGGUGGCUGCCACAAGCUUUAGUGGCUUAAAUAUCACCUCCUCGCUUCACAGUCCAGUAUAAUAUGACAUCUUCACACCCACUAGAGUGUCCUGGGCAAACCGUGGGAACAGCAGCCCCAAGAAUUGGUUCAAAUAUUGAUUCAAAUAUUGUUCUGUGUGGACAGAUUCUGUAGAAGGAUGUGGCUUUUAGAGAAGUCCAGUAGAAGAAGCAAGAACUAGCUGUAGGGAAAGUUCCUUCUGUCGGUUCUUAGACACAGAUCUCUCUGCCCAAAUUAAAAAAAAAAACACACACUAAAGUAUUUGACACAAUUACUUGCUAGGUACUGGGUUCCUGAUUGUCUUUAAAAAGAAAAAUCUGAAUCUUUAUUUGCAAGUGGAAUUGAAGUUCUAUUUUAGGGGCUAAUGUUCAGAGGAACAUAAUUUCCACUGUUCAAAUUAAUAUUAAUGUAUUUUUAAAAUGGUGCAAUCACAGGUGUUUGAUAAGAUUGUCAAAAA